AUAAAGGGUGAAGUACAACAAACUCAGUACAAAUUUCAACCUUAUCAGUGGCCUUAUCUCUCUCCUAUACAUUUAAUGAUUCCCGUAUUACCAUUGUUGUAAGGAGGAACAGCACUUUUAGCAAACUUUAAAACCAAUUGAGUUUAGGCCAGGAUCAAUCUCACAGAUAACAUGGAAGCCUCUCUCAGUGACUUCUCUGUGCUCUCAGUGCUCGUCACAGCUGCUCUCGUGUGUCUCACUGUCUAUUUCUGGAAAUUCACACAAUGGCACUACUGGAAACAACGAGGUGUGCCAUAUCUGAAACCAGUGUUGCCAAUUUUCGGCAAUAUGUAUGAUCUUUUGAAGCUGAGGAGUCUACCAGACAUCUCCAACAGGAUCUAUAAAGAAACAAAAGGUCUUCCCUACGUCGGCAUUUACGCUUGUCACACACCCGUAUUGUUUGUGAGAGAUUUGGACCUCAUCACAAAAAUAUUAGUCAAUGACUUCAACCAUUUUGAAGAUCGAGGGUUUAAUUUCAAUGUGAAUGACAUCCUCGGAAGGAACCUGAUCCACCAGAAGGGUUCCGAUUGGAGGUUUUCUCGCAGUAAGCUGGUAUCCUGCUUCGGUGUCAACAAGGUCAAGGCCAUGUUCCCCACUAUGAAGAGUAAAAGUGAGGUGCUGGAGGAGAUACUGAAGCAGGAGGACACUUCCUGUAUCGACAUCUGGGAGGCCUCCUUGAGGUACACAACUGACGUUAUAACUUCGUGUACUAUCGGUGUUGAUGCCAACUCUCUGCAGAAACAAGACGAACAAUUCAGGCUAGCUGGGUCUCACAUGCUGGGAUCACACUUCAUCUACCAUGUCUUCAUGGGCUGCUUCUUCCCCAGGCUUCACAGGAUUCUUGGAAUAGCUGUUGCUAAAGACAGAGUGAAAAGGUUUUUCCAAACAGUGAUCCAUCAGGUUAUCAACUAUCGUAAAGACAACAAAUCCAACAACAAAGAUAUCAUCCAGACUCUCAUCCAGCUGAAAGAAGAAUCAUCAUUGGAUCAAUCUAACAAAAUUCCAGAAAUUGAUGACAACUUCAUUGUUGCACAAUCAUUUAUAUUUUUCUUGGCUGGAUUUGAGAGCCCAGGAAACGUCCUUGCAUGUGCGUUGUACGAGAUAGCUAAGCAACCACACAUCCAGGACACUCUAUGUCAGGAGAUACACAGUGUCCUUGACAGAUAUGGUGGAGAGGUGACCUUUGAUGCUCUACAGGAUAUGAAAUUCCUCCGUCAAGUUGUUUCCGAGGCCCUGAGAAAAUACACACCACUCACACUGAUCUUCCGGAGAUGUACCAAGGACUACACGAUACCAGACACCUCAACAGUGAUAGAGAAGGGAACCUUAGUACUCAUCCCACUGAGAAGUAUCCAUGAGGAUCCCGACUACUAUCCAGAUCCGGAGGUUUUUGAUCCAGAACGGUUUUCUGAUGAGAACUCAGCAUCAAGGCACGCUGCUACCUACAUGCCUUUCGGAGUGGGUCCUAGAUUUUGUCCAGCAGUGUUGUACUCUCACAUCAAGAUCCGGACAGCGAUGGUGAACUUGCUGCGGCAAUUUGAGGUCUGUGUCACCAAGGAGACGCCUGCCUGUCUCCAGCCAAGUCCCCUUGCCUUCCUCAUGGCCCCAAAGAACGGAAUUCCUUUAGCCUUCAAGAAACGCUAAUCUUGAUAAUUUUGUCACUUACGGUAUACUGUACAUAUACUGUAUGAACAUUUAAAAAAGAGAGAAUUGGUUCACUAUUUAGAACGAAGGUUCCUAAGCUCCAAUUAAAUGUCCAUUAAUUUGAGCCCUUACAUGUUAUCUAGAAACUCCUUGCAUUUCAAAUUUAUAACAUUUUACCAUUGAAAAAUACCUUUGCUAUUUUAUUUUAUUCAACAGAAAAUCUAUGUCAUAUUGAAUUAUUCGUAGGUAAAUUUAAAUGAGUCAGCAGUUGUAUUUGCAUCUAUAUUUUAACAUUUUCUGUAGUAUAUUUGCUAUUUUCUUAGUUUUUAUCUCUUUUUAAUUCGAUUUACAUGUUCUCAAAAGUACUGGGAGACUGUUGAAUUACGUUUAUUCUUUUUUUAUAUUAUUUUAACUAUUCUAUUAUUUAUUUAUUAUUUUAUUCUAACUUAAAACAUCAUUGAUUUCAGUAAAAAGAGUGCUUUAACUACA